AUGCACGUCCCCAAAGCACAGAGACAAUUCCUGGAUAAGGUCCACAAAUCCCUUGGCGGUUGGGAUGAAAAGUUGAAGGAGAUCAAUCACAAAAUCUGGUCGAAUCCAGAACUUGCAUAUGCUGAGCAUGAUGCUCAUGAAGCAAUUUGCAGUUUCUUCGAAGCAGUCUCAUCGGAUGGAUAUAUAGUCCAUCGCAAAGCCUGGGGCCUGGACACCGCUUUUGAAAUUGAAUGGUCUAAUGGCAAGCCAGGGCGCGUUGUAGCGUUCAAUGCCGAAUACGAUGCUCUUCCUGGAAUCGGUCACGCCUGUGGUCACAACUUGAUUGCAACAAGCUCUAUCGCCGCAUUUAUCGCGACCUGCGAAGCGAUCAAGUCUAUUUCAGAUGUUGGAUACACAGUCCGUCUCUUCGGUACCCCGCCGAAGAACGCGUGUCUCAUGGUACACCCUGUCCCGAUGGCACCUGGAAACCCCGAUCUUCAUGGCAUGGCAACUGUUAUUGAGGGAGGUUUUCUGGCAAAUGAUAAGGUCAAGGUCACAUUCACAGGCAAGCCUGCUCAUGCGGCUGCAGCGCCCUGGGAGGGCAUCAAUGCCUUGGAUGCCGUUGUCUCGGCGUAUGUCAGCAUCUCUAUGCUUCGUCAACAGAUUUUACCCACACAGAAGAUCCAUGGUGUUAUUGUGAACGGAGGAGACCGCCCGAACAUUAUUCCAAUGUCGGCCUCGGUCGACUAUUACAUUCGAUCGCCAACUAAGAAGACCUUGAAGCCCUUGACUGAGAAAGUGAUCAAGUGCUUCGAAGCAGCUGCGACUGCGACAGGGUGUAAAGUUGACUUUGAGUGGGGUCCUUCAUACGACGAUCUGAAGAGCAACAGACCAAUCUGCGAGAGCUACGUCUCAGCCAUGCGCGCAAUGGGCCACCACACCCUCCUUGACAACUCAGAACAAGAAGGCGCACUAGCCGGAGCAUCCACUGACAUGGGCAAUGUAUCAUAUGAAGUUCCCGGAUUCCAUGGUAUCUUCUGCAUCCCGGUCAACGGAGUCAAUCACACCCCCGAGUUCACCAGUGGAGCUGGAUCGCCCGAGGGACACAAGCGAUCAAUCGCGUGCGCAGCUGGGAUGGCCGUAGUCGCUUGCCAGAUGUUGGUUGACGACGAGUUUGCCGAGGCUGUGAAGGCGGAUUUCCAGAAAGAUUGA